CCGGGUAAUUAUUUACAGGAAAACUAAAGGCAGCGGUACACUACCAUUAAUUUCAGCCCUUUAAUGUCAAAAUGGGGGCUUGUCUGGCCUUGUGCUCUUUAGCCAGCUGUGCUUCCUGUCUGUGUGGCUCAGCACCAUGCCUUCUCUGUGGCUGCUGUCCCUCCUCCAAUAACUCCACCAUCACACGGCUGGUUUUCUCCUUCUUUUUGCUGCUGGGGACCAUGGUGUCUGUCAUUAUGAUCCUCCCUGGAAUGGAAACACAGCUCCGCAAAAUCCCAGGAUUUUGCCAAGGAGGAACUUCUAUACCUGGUAUUGAAAACAAGGCUAACUGUGAUGUCCUUGUGGGCUACAAAUCUGUGUACCGUAUGUGCUUCGCCAUGACCUGCUUCUUCUUUCUGUUUUCCGCCAUCAUGAUUCGUGUCCGUAGCAGCAAAGACCCACGUGCCGCUAUUCAAAAUGGGUUCUGGUUCUUUAAGUUUCUGAUCCUGGUUGGGAUAACAGUGGGAGCUUUUUUCAUCCCUGACGGAACAUUUCAUACUGUGUGGUUUUACUUUGGAGUGGUGGGAUCCUUCAUCUUCAUUAUCAUCCAACUUAUUCUCCUCAUUGACUUUGCCCACUCCUGGAACAAGGUGUGGGUUGAAAAUGCUGAAAGUAGUGACAACAAAUGCUGGUUUGCAGGCCUGCUGUCUUUCACUUUCCUCUACUACGCCCUGGCUAUCACUGCUGUGGUGCUUUUCUACAUUUACUACACACAGCCUGAUGACUGCACAGAGCACAAGGUCUUCAUCAGCCUCAACCUUAUCUUCUGCGUCAUCAUCUCAAUUGUCUCCAUCCUACCCAAGAUACAGGAAGCUCAGCCACACUCCGGUUUGCUCCAGGCUUCACUCAUCUCCCUCUACACUAUGUAUGUCACUUGGUCUGCAAUGACCAACAAUCCAAAUCGGAAGUGUAACCCCAGCCUAUUAAGUCUAGUGUCGAAUGCCAGCACCACUGAACCAUCUGGUGACAGCACUCCAGGACAAGUACAGUGGUGGGAUGCUCAGGGCAUUGUUGGUUUGGUCAUCUUUCUCUUCUGCACUCUCUAUGCUAGUAUCCGUUCGUCCAGUAACACCCAGGUAAAUAAGUUAAUGCAGACAGAGGAGGGUGGAGGGUCAGGUGGAGAAGGUGUGGUAGGAGAGGAUGGUGUAUGCAGAGCCUUGGACAAUGAGGAAGAGGGAGUCACCUACAGCUACUCCUUUUUCCACUUCCACCUCUGUCUGGCCUCUCUGUACAUCAUGAUGACUCUCACCAACUGGUACCAACCAGACAUCACCACCCAGGCCAUGCAGAGCAGUAUGCCAGCUGUGUGGGUGAAGAUGAGCUCCAGCUGGCUUGGCCUUGGGCUCUACCUCUGGACCCUCAUCGCCCCUCUCAUCUUCCCUGACAGGGACUUCAGCUAAGCAUGCCUUGUCUUUUGGCUGUAUUUGGGGUUUUUUUUGUUUUUGACCUUUUUUGCCUUGCCUACUUUAUUAAGCAGUGUGAAGAAUGUUAUUAAGGAAAUAGGAAGGAUAUUAUAAAGAAAAUACUUAAAAUUUCUUUUUAAUCCUUUUUCAAGUAAUUGCUUGUGCUGUUAUGUUUCUAUUGUUUUACUCCUUUCAGUAUAUUUAUUGAGUGUUAUAAUCACUACAUAUGUAUGAAAAUGUAAGUGGAUUUUUUUAGUUAGCCUGUUGGGUGACGGUUUUAUACACAAGAAGUUAUUUUCUUUGCCAGUGACCCACCUUGAUAGGCUACUUCUUUCCUUCUGCCUGAUGUGGUAUGAUUGAAUGAGCUCCAUUAUAUUUUUGCUGAAUUUCAGUUACUGGACUUUCACGAAGACUCAGCAACAAGGCACUUUCUCAAUACCUCAGACAUUUCAGUAACAGAUUCCCUUCUAAAGGCCUGUGAGAUCAGACUUCUCUGAUUGGCCAGGUCCGGAGUCCCCCGAUUAUCUGGACUCUUAAAAGUGCUAGGGAAACCAGGGCAUCCCUCCUUAGGAGCCCCAGAGUGAGAUGAGUGUGAGAGCUAGAUAAGGCUAAUAUGACACACCCCACAGAUCAUAACGGCACUUCCCCUUUGCUGCGAGGCUGUAUGCAAAUCAAUGUUGUUGCACCUUGAACCACAGAGUCCUAAUAGACAACCAGUUUCAUAUCAGCUCUUCCUCACCUUAUUCAGCCUAAGGUAAUUUAUCUUCGGUGCUAUGCCUUUCCAUGUCUGACUUGUUGGCCUUGUACAGCCACGGACAACAAUCUGUACCUGUAUAGCAGUCUGUUUGCAGCAGGGAGACAUGUAUUGAUCCAUAGCAGUCAGCAUCAUGCAAUGUGCAAUGUGCAGUGGUACUGUUCAGGAGGUGAUGGCAUGAACUCCAAGCUACCUGUGCUCUCACAAAUACCAUUAUUCCCAGACUGUUGCAGAGCACGUUACUGAGUUCAGAGGAAGGGGAUUUUUAAGUGUUGCAGUAUACAAGAUAUUAACAAAGCAUUUCAGAAAUGAUAAAUUACUGUUAAAUGGUAUUGACUAUGUUGAUGGUUGUAAUUGUGGUACAGUGAUUUUAUGCAUUAUAUAGUAGUUACCUCAAUUUCAACAUGAAUGGAAUGAGUUAAAAUAAGCUCAGUAUAUUUUGUACUUGUGAAAAAAGGAUUUUGUUACAAUCCUGAAAAUGUUAUCCUUUGUCUAUGUUAUGUUCUUUUCCAACACUUCAACACCCACACACACGAAUCAGAUUACCCUGUUUCUCUGGCUGCAUGUGAAUAUUGUGAAUGGAGGUUUUGAAAGUUUUUUUAUUAUUAUUAUUAUUAUUAUUAUUAAUUUUGUUUAUCUAACAUGUCAAAUGCUGGUUACGUUUUACCAUUAUCGCCAUAAUAAGGAGAUUAUUUAGGCAGAUUUGCCAGUGGUCAAUCAUAACGUAAUAUUAAAAAAAAAACUAUUAAGUGCCUUUUUGUAGUCCUGGGUUUCAAAAAAGGUUUAUCACUAAUGCUGACGUGUGUUUAUUAUGCCUUGCCUUACACUGUGGUGGGCAGUCAUUGCAUACCAUAAGGCAUAGGCCUAUGACAUGAAUAAAUAUUGUAAUUAAUGUAUAAACAUUGUUUUUAAUGAAGAUGGAAAACUUUCACUCAUUCUUUGUCUUGAUGGAGCUUCAAUGGAAGCUUUACAGUUGUGUUCCAUGAAGAAUGUCUAAUAGAUGAAGAUGGAGUGUAAAACCUACAAAAUAAUUUAAUAAAAGUGAGA